GAUUUUCGCACUUGUACAUUGGUACCAUUCGUACGUUUGUCAGUUUUGAUUUUGAAAGUAAACAACGAUUUAAAGUCCAGUCACCACUGGUUGAAUUAGUUGCAUUUGCUUGGAUCAGUUGGAUCUAGAAACGUGAUCUCGUCCUACGUGUAUCUAACGCCUUGAGAAUUCUACGAGACAGCUAUUUAUAACAAUUAAUUUUGAUUAUCUGUUCAAAUAUCAUGGGCAAUUAUGCGACUAAGUUGUUAUUUUAUACUAAUGAAAGUCGAAAAGAGUGCAAUGAGCAUCACACAGUUGUACAACAAGCAACUACAGAAGAUAACAACACUUGCACACCAAUAUUAUCUGAAAAAAGAAUACUAGGUGAUCCACGUUCAAUCUCAGCAGGAAUUACAAGAACUCCUAUUGAAGUCAAAUAUACCUCAGUUGGAGUAAGCAAGAAGACACCUAGCGCAAUCCCAAAAUAUUUGCAGAAAAAGCAGUAUCUUGAAACUGAUAUAGAUGUAGUGAUGCCACCACUAACGCCUAAGAAACGCCCUAUAUCAAAAUCGCUGAAUAGCACUCAAGAGUCAGAUUUUGCUGAGGUGCUAGAUUUGACACCAAACGUUAAUGUUAAUGCAAAGGAUUCAAAAGUAAUUACGCCAAUAGAUAAAGAACGCUUUAUAAUUUUGGGAUUAGAUCCUAGAUCUCCAGCUGCAAAUUUUGAUAGAACUCCUAUCUUAAUGCCGAAGUCUCUUGCGUUAAUAAAGGCACGAUCGCAAGAAAAUUUGAGUCGCAGAGGUAGCUAUGAAAUGGAUGUUUACAAUCCGAAGAACUCUUAUAAGGAGAUUAGCACAUCGCUUAAUAUCCCAAAAAUACAAACAUCUGAUAUAACCUCGGAAAACUUGAGAGAUACAGAGGAACAGGAUAGACUAUCCAGCAUAUCUCUGUGCAAUUCUGACUUAAGUAUUUCCAAAAGUGAAAAGGAAAUUACAGUUAUUAAGAAUCCGAAAUGUACGAGUGGGAAGGAAAAAUUGUUGGUCUCGGACGAACAGACAGUUGCGAUUAAUAAUGAGGAAGACAAAGACGAAAAGCAGGACGAUUGUGAAAGUAUUGAAUCUAAUACAAAGUUAAGAGAUGAUAAGAUCAAAUUAUGGUAUGAUUCACUGUCAUCGGAGGGAAGCGUAUCAGGUAAGAAGGAUAAGAAAGAAUUACUGCAAGAAAAGGCUUCGAGAGAAGAUGUAAUUAUAAUGUUUGAUAAUACCACGAUUAGUACCUCUUUGCCACUGAAAGAGGAUUUUCAAAAAAAGGGAGACAUAAAUGAAAAAAAGAACACUAAAAUAGAUGUUAAACCUAAUGAAGAAAAAGUUUUCACUCCUAAAAACGAACAGGGAGCUCAAAUGCAUAAGAAUCGAACACCUCUUGGCAAUCGAUCUAAUAACAGCCAAAUACAAAAAAAGCCGCAACAAUUGUUGAGAAACAAGGCGUCUAUUGGAACACAACUAUUGGAACAAGAGAAUACACCACCACAUAAGACAUAUAAUGGAAAAACUAAAAAUGGAACUCACUGGGAUCCGAAUUCCACGGUUCUCAUUUAAGUAAUUUAAGUAAUAUAUUUAGAUUAGUUGAUUUAUUUGAUGCUAAAGAUAAAGAUGGCAAUAAGUGAAUUUGUUAUAAACUAGCUAGUAAAAUGGUGGCAGAGGCCAAGGCAGAUAUUUCAAAAUAAACUUGUAAAAUUAAUGAAAUUAUACAAAUAAUUUUAAAUAAAUAA